AUGAGCACCACCACCACCUUCUCCCCCCUCCCCAGCUACCUCCUCGGCGCGCUCUGCCUGGUCCUCGGCCUCAACAGCUUCCUGCGCCCCUCCAACGAAUAUCCCCGAUUCGGCCUGCCCUUUGAAUCUGCACCGGCGCGUAAACCGUCCAAACCCACCAACGGUGCUAACGCCAACGCCAACUGCAUCAGCCCCCUGAUCCACCUCAAGGGCAUCCGCGAGACCAGCUACGGCCUGGCCCUGAUCGCUCUGCAGCUCCAGCGCCAGGAGACCGCGGUGACCACCAUGGCGGCGAUCUGUGCGUUUGCGGGCCUCGGCGACGCGGUGGUGGUGUGGCGGUUUGGGAAUGAGGAGUUCCGCAAGAAGGCGAUGGGGCAUGGGCUGGCGUUUUUGGGGUUUGGGGGGUGGGCGCUGUGGAGGGUUUUUUCUUGA